UUAAAACGUCACUUGUAGUCGGGCGUUUGUCAAAAGUGCACUGCACGAGAUAGAAUUGUUCUUACAAAAGAAAAUAAAAUUAAUAAAAUCAAAUCAUUUUGCCGAAAUUCUUAUCAAAUAAUUAUUUAUUUUUAAACUUUUUGUUUUCCUUCAAAUUUUAACACCCAAAUUUUCUUUUUUCUUCCCAAAAUUGAAGAGAGAAAAGAACUUCGCAGCAAAAACAUGGCUCUAGGACGCAAUAAAUGCGUCAUCAAAGGUGGUGGUGGUGUUGUUGGUGGACCACCUAAUCAAAAGGUCAUGCAACAUAAUGAUUUUAUUGAUAGGAUAAGAAAAUCCUUGUAUUUCGGAGAACAGACACUGUGCGAGGACAUGGAAGUGAGUGGCCCAUUGGCCGAGUAUGCUUCGGAAUUAUUUUCCGAACCACACAAAGGUCACUCGCUGAAUCGCCUGAAUAAAGUCACUGCCGGCAGCGUGCACGCCACGCCAUGCUCGCUUAUUAUGGCUCUUAUCUAUUUGGAUCGAUUGAAUGCAACAGAUCCUGGUUACGUGAGACGCAUUACGCCAUCCGAAUUGUUUAUUGUUUCUAUGAUGAUUUCGACAAAAUUCUAUUCAGGACACGAUGAAGAAAUAUAUCUAAGCGACUGGGCAGAGGAUGGCAAUAUGACCGAAGAUAGACUUAAACAACUAGAGCUUGAAUUCCUUUGUGCUAUUGACUGGAAUAUAUACAUAUCAAAUGAAAAUUUCUUUGCGAAGUUAACAUCUGUCGAGAAGACCCUCGCCAAACGCGAAGGUCUACGUCGUGGUUGGUUAACGUACACUGAACUCAUACAAUUUCUGCCUUCGUUUACGAUAGCUAAAUUUCUGCUCAACAAUAUCACUGUGAUGGCUGUUAGUUAUGCGGCAAGUGUGAUGACAAUCGCUGGUGCAUUCUUUUUGGCCAGUCAGAUACCAGGAAAUGCCUUGCACCAUGGUUCCCGUCGUAGUGAGAGUAACUCAAAUACCAAUCAUCCAACAACUGUUCCAACAUCGGCAAAUCAAAAUAUGCUCAAUUCACCGGUGGAUAUGAUGACAGGUACAUCGAACUCGCCAGAUCCCAUGGACUCGGGCAUCAAUAUAACCUGUUCAGCGGCCACAGCAUUCAAUGUCGAAGAAGAACUACAGAAGCUCGAAUUACAAUACCUGAAGGAGCAAUAUUUGGACAGUAUUCGAAUGCGAAACAACGAAAACGAUAAAUCACUGCUAAACUAUCAGGGUGCAAGUCGACGAUCGAAUAUGACUCCGCGUCAUCGUGGGGUUAUGCAUGACUCGGAAAUUGAUUGGUACAGUUUCAAGGAUGAAUACAGUGAGGACGAACAGAAAAUACUUGGAUGUCCCAACUUGACCAAUUGUAGCACAAAGUCCCUCUUGUGGAAUCUACUCGCUGAUGCAGAGAACAGUUUCGUUAAAUUUCCAUUUAUGUGGUUCAAAUUUAUGUAGACUUUGAGAGCCCUUUUUAAUAUAUUUUAUUUUAUCCAUUCAAAACACACAUUUUGAUGAGUAAUUAAAAGAGAUACAAAUUAAAUAAAAACUGAAUAGAUUUUGGAUUUAGUGGUCAAAUUAUAUUUUUGUUACCACCUUUUUAUUUAAAAAUUUUCUUUUCUUUUAUUUUUGAUUAAAAUUAAAUAACACAAGUAAAUUUUGUACUAAAAAA